AUGGACUCUGCAGACGAAUACGUGGGAAAUCCCGACAUCGGUAACCAGCCGCAUAUGUCACAGCCAUCUGGCGGCAACCGACGCCAGGGCCAGCGGACGCUCGCUACCGUAUACGACGCAGUCGCAGGAAGGGUCACGUAUGAUAGAGUACUGCGAGAUGAGGCUCGGGACGACAAGACUUUCCAGCCUCGCAUCGUCGACCAGCGAGAUAGCUUCAAGCUCGCUCCAGAUGAUGUCUUGUUUCGCCGCAAAGACGCUCCAGAGCGGUACGCAGAGCACGACAUCUACCGUGCGCACGAGUGGGACCUACCCAACGGUGGGCGCGGCAUUCUACCCCAGAGCGAUCUCCUAAUGGCUAUUCAUGAGUACACGUCCGAGUUUUACGGGACUCUGAGCCGCCAUCAGGGAACCUCGGGAAGUGGACGCAACUUGGACGAGUGCAGCAUGGAUGAGACGGCACUGCUGGCCUUUGGCAUUCUGUUAGAGGAGGCGGGCCGAGAAGUUCUCGGUCGACGAGGUCAUCUCGUUUUCACUGAAGGCACCCAUGACAACAAUGACGACAACGGCGUUGGUCAAGACUGGCGUGAGGGCAGCACGGCACAGGAAUCCGGUGGCGAGUCCGUGGUUGGGCAUAAUGAAGAUGAAUCCUCUCAGGCGGGACGGAAGCGAAGAAAACUUACGACAUCAGAUGACGAGUGA